AUGUCUACGGCACCGAAGCAAACGUCUGCCCAAGCCGGUUCGGCCAUUAAUGGCAUUACAUCCAUUUCUGAUUCCCUCAGAAUGGCCCAAGACCUCAAGGCUGCUAUCGAGUCUUUUGCCUCAAACGUCGGAUUUCAAACACUCUCCCACUUGGUCGAUCAAAUCCCUCAAUUGAGGGAAGAUAUCCGAGCGAAGGACAAUCAGCUCAAGGAGCUUCAUGCACUAUUGGAAAGCCAAAGGGACGACCACUCGACGGAACAGCAGAAAGUAUUGUCAAUCUAUGAAAAGAGGUAUGACAAGUAUAAGGAAGAACUUGGCACACUCCAAGGUACGAUUGCGCGGCUGCAAACCGAUAUUCAUGACAAAGAAGAGAAGCGCGCCGAAAUACAAACCACGCUAGAAGUUGUCAAGGCAAACGGUCGUAAGCUUGAAUCUAAGCAUGAAGCAAAGAUUUCUAAAUUGAAGGAGAGAGAGCAUGAAAUCACAGACCUGAAAACUCAGGUGCAGGAAUCCCAGGCAAAGGCAACCGAGUUCUCCAAGAAGCUGAGCGAAUCCCGGGAUCGGGUAGCUAAGCUGGAAGAGUCAUUAGACAAAACUAGACGUGAGCAUGAAGGCCUCAAGAAGGAGUUCGAGGGAACGGAUGGACAGCUAAAGGAAUUGCUUAACUUCUCUGCACCUCUAGAUGACAGGAACCUGCAAACUACGGCGAACGAACUGGAGAACUUGUGGCAGUCGGCAUCUUCGUUAAUAGCGAAAUUUCUCGGCAAGAACCUACCAGACCAGAUGCUCCAGAAGCAUUGGGGCAAGUUGCAUGAAAACUCUAUCUUCAAGCACGAGAUACCGCUUCCGCAAUCGAAUUCCGACAUUGCAAAGGAAAUGCGGAUCGCAACAGUCCUUGGAAACCUUGCGAGACUGGUGAACAAGCACAUAUUCCAGUCUGUGUAUCUAUUAGACGAAAGCGACGGACUCCACGACCUUCUGCGCCGCCAAGCGGUUGUUGAAAACAGGAAAGAGACUUUUGUUCGAGGCAUACUGCUCUCAAUGUUUCCUGAGGAGCAAGAGGAAGAGGCAGGAAAGAGGAUAGACUGGGUUGUCGAGGAUUUAACAAAGGAAGUCGGUAUCCGCGAUGUCCUAACUACCGAUGUUGUUGGGACGUUCGAACGGGAACUAGAAAUAUUCCUAGCGCAAGCGCAACGGGUUUGGCGGUCCGUCCAGUGCAGCAAGCAAAGACUGGAGCCGAGCUUCGAAUACAUCCCUAAACCCGACCUCCCGUGGAAGACAUUCGAAUUUCAGGUGGCAGAUUGCAAGAAAGAAGGGAAAAUCAACUCACCAGUCAACACUGACCGCUCAGAGGACGAGCUGUACACCAUAUUCCCCCGAAUAUAUUUUAUGACAGACAACGUCCAGCCAAUCACUGCCGGUACUAUCCUUAAGAAAGCUCAGCUUCGCACCGCCGCGCAGGAAGUGCAGGAAAGUGCUCCAAAUACCCCAUUUGCGCAACUAGCCUCAGCGCGCUAUCGUCCCAGGCGAAGUCGCACCAUGUCCAUGAGCGCUGAAAGUGGUCGAAGCGGACCAGUAGAGAAGCCUUUUUUAUCCGAGACGGUCGCAUCCGCCUCUUAA